UUAGCUUCACGAUCACAGGGACUCACGUCGGAAACCCAUUCCCUUCCAAGCGUGCUUCGAAUUUCCCUUACUAUAUAAAUGAUGACACUCUGCAUCUCCCAUUCCCGAGCCAACUUCAAGGCCCAGAGAACCCCCUAAGCUUCUGCCGUAAAAGUAGAUCCCGCACUUAGCUUGAAUAUGAAACCUCAAAUUAACUUGACAGUCCCCUCGUUCGACGACGCCCACUUUACUCCUCAAUUCUAUCAUGUUUGGUCGACCCUCAACCAAAGAAAGGUGAGAGAUGGAGAACUCUCACGCAACGUUGAUGCUUUUUCAUUGGGGAUGAAUUGAACAUGAAACUAGAAAAACAAAACCUGCUCGCGCGAGUUGGAAUCCUAGAGCGCCUAUAUAUUAAUCCAGAAGGGUCCAUCGGACAACCAUGAUCACAAGUCACGACGUCGUUUCCAGGCAUAUGAGUUUUUGUGCCCCCAUUCCAUUGUCAGACCUACCCAUGAAAGGAAGAAAAGCUCCGCCUACUCAUUCCUUAUUCAAAAUCAAGUCCUUCUCGUUGCUUUCAAACGCUUCAGUAGAAGAAUACACCUCGGAAGAGUUCGAAGCAGGGGGCUACCAAUGGACUCUAUCCAUAUACCCGACUGGCAGCAAGAAAAAAGGCGCGCAAUUUGAUGCAUCUCAGUAUAAAUUUGAUAUAGCCGAAGGUUGUUGGGCAAGAAAAAGUGAUCAUAUCUCAGUAUAUCUAAAUUUGAUGCUUUCAAGCUCAAAGUCACUUCCUAUUGGUUGGGAGGUCAAUGCCAUCGUGAAUUUGUUCGUAUACAAUUUUCUUCGUGACGAGUAUUGUUCUCAUCAAGACGCAAACGUGAGGCGUUUUCACAAGCUGCAAACUGAAUGGGGUAUCCCAAAAUUCAUGGACCUUGCCUCGUUCAAGGAUCCUUCAAAUGGAUUUCUGAUUGAGGAUACCUGCGCUUUUGGAGCCGAAAUCUUGGUCAUGAAGCCUCCUUCCAAAGAAGAAUUCUUAACAAUGAUAGAUGAGCCCGUUCCUCUUUCCUAUAGGUGGAAAUUCGACAAUUUUUCGAAAGCUAAUCUAGAAAAGUACGAGUCCGAGUUCCUUGCUGGAAACUACAAAUGGAAGCUCAUUUUCUACCCCAAUGGGUUGCUUGAGGGCAAGGGCAACAAUAUUUCCACUAUUUUUGAGUGUCAACACCUCAUCAAUUCCACCUAACACUAAACUAUAUGUGCACUACAUUUUGCGUGUCAAGGACCAAAUCAAGGGAUAGCAUGCUGAAGCAAAAUGUGUGAUCUACUGAAUUGGAAACUUUAACUGAAUCACAAAGUGUGUGUUGUUAAAUUCCCUCAAGAUAUGUUCAUCACUUUUUCCCUAUUUUUCAGUCUAUAGGCACUUCUCUAGCUUGAAUAUUACAUAGGGAUCAAGAACGCUGGUGCCAUUGGCCAAGCUAAAGGA